AUGGACCCGCAAAUCUCCAUGAUACGGACUAGCAAGCCCUGUUGUCUUCCACUACUCAUCCCGGUCAUGGCUUGCUUCAAGCUCAACCCCACGUCCGUCGCGCUCGCCGCAGCCGUCGCCGUCAUCCUGGCGGUGGCGGCGCCGCGGCCGGCGGCCGGGGCGUCGGCGCACCUGCACGUGUACAUGCACGACGUGAUGGACGACAGCGCGAUGAUGGUGGUGCGCGGUCCGCGGGGCAACUUCGGCAACACGGUGGUGAUGGACGACGUGCUGACGGAGGGCACGUCGUCGUCGUCGGCCGCCGUGGGGCGUGCGCAGGGGCAGUACGUCGUCGCCUCCUCCAAGGGCGGGUUCGAGCUGAUGGUGACCAUGAACGUGGUGCUCACGUCGGGGGCCUACGCGGGGAGCUCGGUGACGGUGAUGGGCCGCGACGACACCGGCGUGGCGGUGCGCGAGCUGGCCGUGGUCGGCGGCACGGGGCAGUUCCGGAUGGCGAAGGGCUACGUGCUGUGGAAGACCGUCCGCCCCGACCUGCUGGAGCUCGACAUCUACGUCAACCCAUGA